CCUCCCUCCCCUCCCCACCUGGCCCCGUCUUGCUCGGGUUCCAUUGAGCACUACAUCCGAUGAGAAAAUGAGCGUUCUGUUUCUGCGCACUUAGCGGUCUCUCUUUGUCAACCUCCCAGCGCCACUCCCGCCUGCACUGACUCAACUGCCUCCUCCAUUCUUCGGCCGUCAGGACCCACCCUCCCUCCUCCUGCUCCAGCCUCCCACCCAGCUGUUCAUUCCGAUCACCUCCUUUGCGCUCGAGCACCAUGAGCGACCUCGACAGGGCGAUCGCGCAAUUACGCGCCUGCCGCUUGAUACCCGAAGCCCAGGUCCGUGAACUCUGCUACAAGGCGCGCGAGCUCCUGAUCGAAGAAGGAAAUGUGGUCAACGUCGACGCGCCCGUCACGAUCUGCGGCGACAUCCAUGGCCAGUUCCACGAUUUGAUGGAACUGUUCCGCGUGGGCGGCGACGUCCCCGACACAAACUACCUUUUCAUGGGCGAUUUCGUUGACCGCGGGUUCUACUCUCUCGAAUCCUUCCUUCUCCUCCUCUGUCUCAAAGUCCGAUACCCUGAUCGCAUCACCCUGAUCCGUGGCAACCACGAGUCGCGCCAGAUCACAACCGUCUACGGCUUUUACGAUGAGUGCAUCCGCAAAUACGGCAGCGCCAACGUGUGGCGAUACUGCUGCGAGGUGUUCGAUUACCUCGCACUCGGAGCUCUGGUCUUGGGAGCCAGCUCAGAGCUCGACCCCUCCGGCCCCGUGGACACCACACAAUCUACCGUGCCGCUCGAUGACGAACUUGAGACGGAGAUCCUUAACUCCAAAGGCGAGGUCACGAUGAGCACCUACCGACCCCGACCGCAGUCCUCCGGCGCAUCCACAGACUCCAGAGCCCUCUCCCCGCCACGCGACAUCGCCACCCCCAGUCAGGCACCCAUCAGGUCCGGAGCAGCGGGGACGGGAGCGUCCGGCGACUCAGGCGGCAGUCUGUCCAGCCGGACUGGGGCCGUUCUCUGCGUCCACGGUGGACUCUCCCCGGUGAUCGACACGGUGGACAAGAUUCGCCUCAUCGACCGAAAACAGGAAGUGCCGCACGAAGGUGCGAUGUGCGAUUUGCUUUGGUCCGACCCAGAUGAGAUCGACGGCUGGGGUCUCAGCCCCCGCGGCGCGGGGUUCCUCUUUGGCGGGGACAUUGUCAAACGCUUCAACCAACGAAACGACCUAUCUUUGGUCGCGCGCGCCCAUCAACUCGUGAUGGAGGGUUACAAGGAGAUGUUCGACGGGGGGAUCGUGACGGUCUGGUCCGCCCCAAACUACUGCUACCGAUGCGGGAAUGUCGCCGCCAUCCUGGAAUUAGGCGAAGACACCAGCAACGGAGGCACUGUCGCCCGAAGCAAUGGCGACUCCGGACGAAGUAACGGCCUCCUGGGACACAAUGCGCCGACCGUGCGGAGUCCCGGAAGACGGUAUCGGGUGUUUGAGGCCGCUGCGCAGGAUACCAGAGGCAUGCCUGCGAAGAAGCCUGUUGCUGAUUAUUUCCUGUGAUACCAUAUGACUCCCACGACGAUGCAUAGUACUCCAAAUUUUCCCCUCCCACUAUUUGUCUUUGACUACGGCUGCAUCUAUGUCUGUAUCUGCGCCUCCUAUGCGAUCCUAUUCUAUCCCAAACCAUUUCAUCUCAUCUCAUCUCAUCUCAUCCUGUCCCGCGUCCGCAUUCGCAUCUGCUAGUUAUAUAGGCCGGCCUGUGCAUGAACAUGACUUGCGUACUCUAUCUACUCUUUCCUCGUCCUUUUCUUCUUUUC